AUGAAGGAAAUUAGGACAAGAGUAACUAAAAGAAUACCUAAAAAUAGCACUAUUGCAGUAAUAUAUGAUUAAUCACUAAAAUAAUUAUUUUCUUCAGAGAUUAUUUUAAAGGAAUAGCAUAGUAAAAUAAUUAUUCCAGAUAGACAUAAUAAAGCUUCUCUAUUUGUAUGUUCUUUAAACUUAAAAGGUUUAAAGUAAAGCAGCAAAAUCAAGUAAACUGAUAGAAUGAUAAUAGCCAAAAAACCUAUUGAGUUAUUAUUAGGAAAAAUUAAUGAAGUAUUAACAAUCAGCAAUAGUUUGACUAAUUAUCUCACAAAUUCCCAAUAGUAGUACGAUUAAUCAUACUCAUUAUAUAAACAACCAAAUUUAUUUAUUAUUUAUCUCUGA